AUGGCCGAGUUUGCUGCGUUCCACUACUUGAUGCACAAAAAGGCGGAUGGCGGGCCGCCCGCGAUGAGCAUGGACGACUUUAGCCGGCAGUUUGGCGGCGCCAAGCCCAAGGCACCGCCGACCUUCAGCGAACUCUACUCGCCCCGCGAGCGCCGCCAGCUGCACGUGUCCGAGAAGCUCUUUUGGCGCUCCAACGAGCGCAUCGAGUUUCGGCUCUUGGAGCUCCGCGCGCAGCAGCUCUUGCUCGUCUUGUCCGUCAACGUCACCACGAACGAGGAGUACCGCCCGAUAUGCAUCCAUGCGCCGCUGUUGUACCAAGUGCUCGAAAACAAAAAGCAAGGAAAACCAUUCUCCACUGUCGUCGAGAAGCGGGUCCUGGGCGAUGGCGAACUCCGCGCCGCAGUCCAAGAAUUUGUGCUCUCGCGGGUCAAACUCAUGGACAAGCCACCCCCCGACGCUGUCGCGGUCGCCGAGCGACAGUGCUUUCUCGACAAGUCUUUUGGCGACGAGUACGAUACGCUGCUCGCAACGCCGCCUCGUUCGGACGCCGAGGUUGUCGCGCUCCUUGAUGGACUUGAGCGCAAGGGGAAGCCUGUCUGGUUGCCAUCGCCAACUGCAGUCGACAUUGUCAUCAAGCCCCCCGUUGUCGUCGUCACCGAGCCAGUAGUUGUCGGCAACACCGACAUCACCGCACCAAUAAUAAUGACCGAGACGAGUCCGUCCAAGGUUGCCGUCGGGGGGUCCGGCAUCUCGGCGGUGCGAGGCUUGAAGAAGCAGAGCCCGCCCAAACCGGCGUCACUGAAAAAACCCGAAACGGCCCCCAGCGCCAUGGCCAUGACCGAGACCCCCGUGCAGCCCUUUGCGCCUGGGAUCGAGCAGCAAAAGGUCCACGACUUUAGCUUGCUCCUCGUUCAAGAAUUUUGCAAGCACCACCAGCUCACACGAACUGUCCACGCGCUCCAGUCGGACCUCGAGCACAUGGCCUUACCGCAACCGAGUACGGAGGUCUGGAUGGAAAUGCACGAGCGAUGUCGCCCAGCGUUGAAUCGCCUCAAGACCCACGAGCAGAGUACGAUCGAGUGUUUUGUGGACUUUGUGCUGCAUUUGAACGAAAUGUACGAAUCCCGCGCGGCCAAUCAACCCAUGAGUGUUCUCAUUUCCCCAUCGCCCAUGAAGAAAAGCAAGAAAUUUUCGUUCAAGGACGCCUUUCACUCGACCCAAAGCCCCGUGCGACGUCCGAGCCAGAAGAACAAAGACCCGUCCGAGACCGAGGUGCCUCUGCCACUCCCACCGCAAGAACCCGAGAACCAUCCGGAGCUACCCCCGAAAAAACUCACCAAGUCGAAAUCGUCGAUCUUGGACCGCUACAGUAGCUUGCCCAAACUGCAGCUGCAAAUCGACAUGUCCGACACCAAGCAGCGUGCCGUGACGCAGAAAGCAGUCGAGCGCAGCCUGCGCGACAUCUACUCCGAGAAUCGGUUCAAAGGGAUCCAAGACAAGGCGAUUGCGCUGGCGAUUCCCGCGGCGCUCUCCAAGCCGCCCCCCGAGACAGACGUCUACACCAAAGAGCUGGAAAAAGAGCGGUAUGGCACCAACAAGCGCCGCGAGUGUGCACUGUGCCACGUCCCGUUCCUUAUGAUCAACUUGCCGGCGAAAGUGAGCUUUCGCUGUAUCAUGGAGCUCUACAAACAGUGGGCCUUCGCCCCCCCCGAUCAAGAAAACGCCAAGUACCGCCCCCCAAAGUGCUAUGACGAGGUGCCCAUUUGUCGCUUCUGCGACCAGCUCGUCCAACAAGUUACGUGGGAUAUGACCUUUGAGGAGCCCAAGAAGGUGGCGCCACCGACACUGCCGCCCACAGCGUCCAACUUGGGCCUCAAGUACUCGCCGGAUCCCUACGGUCUCCCACCACUGGGCUCUGACGACUGCAUGUCGACCAGCCGGUCAUGGGUCGACUCAGACGGCGGCGGUGACGACGAGAGGCACAUGUGGGCGCCAUCAACGACCGACGCCCCACCGCUCUCGGCGUCAUCAGCGUCGAAGGCGCUCGUGUACAAAGACGCAGGGUUGUUGAACGAGAAGAGCAUGUCCCAAGGCGAGUGGGCCGUGAUCGACCCAAGCCGUAGCUCUGUGCGGGAGCUCCUUCAGAAAACAAUCAAGCGCCAGCUCAAAUAG